AGAGAGGGAGAAAUAGUGAAAGAGAACAAUAUAAGGGGGGCGCAAGAGUGAGAAGCAAAAAACAGAAGGGAGCAGAAGGCAAAGCACGAAGCCAUCUCUAUGAGGUGGCUGUGUCCUCUGGCAGUGGACACUAUCCCCUUUCACUCAGCAUGGCCGCAUCUUGAUGGUGUCUGUUGCGCUCUACCAGUAGCGGAGCUGGCACAAAGUGGGAUCGGCUGCGCAUGGAGGCCUGGGCGACUCAUCUCCAACAAAGAGGCUCUGCGAUGGCGAUAACGCUGGAGCGGACGGGUGCCCGGAGGAAGCAGCGCAUCGGGCUUUCUUGGGCAAGCGUCAGUCUGCAGCGUGAGGCUGCUUGAGACAGCCCUCCUCCCCUCUGUGUGUGUGUGUGUGUGUGUGUGUGUGUGAGCGCGUGCACGUGUGUGUACGCGCUCACAUAGCCUCCUCUCCUGAGAGGAGAGAACCUUCAGCGUUCAUUGCAACGGCAAGGUUCCAAGUGUAGGACCUGAAAAUGUUUCGCAAAAAGAAGAAGAAGAGGCCAGAAAUAUCUGCACCAAAGAAUUUUGAGCACCGAGUCCAUACCUCUUUUGAUGCAAAGCGUGGAGUUUUUGUGGGCCUACCAACACAAUGGCAGACCAUAGAGAACCUGCGAAGGCCCAGACCCAUGGUGGACCCCUCAAGAAUAACACCAGUGGAGCUGAAACCAAAGAAGACAAUCGUGCGUGGGAGCUUCAUUGGCCAUGGCGACUACAUCUCUGCCAUGCUCUCAGACAUGAGCCGCCUGUCGGUGAGCAGUUCCAAUUCACUGCGCAAGACUAGCCCUUCGGCCCGCAAGAGGGCGCAGUCCUUAGGCCGCCUCGGAGAGGUGGCCGAGGGUGAUGCCUACCAGUACGAGGACCUGGAGUGCGCCGAGCCUCACCUUGAUCCCAAUGCCCACACACAGUGGGCAGAUCAGGUGCGGAAUGUCCACAGCGAGAGUGGGACGCCAUACAUGGGUAUAAAGAAGAAUGUCACCCUCCAGCCCAACGGUGUGCUGCCCAGGGCCAAGUCCACGUAUGAGGUCAGCAUUGGCUCCAUGGAGGGGCGUGUGGGUCCCCCUACCCUGCCUGCCCCUCCCCCACCACCCUUCCCUGUACCACCCAGGCCCGUGUACGUGGGUGGGGAUGUGGGAAGCCCCAAUGAGAGGUUGAUGAUGAGGAGGGAGUUUCCCAUAGUACUGUCUCACAAUCCAAGGCCUAUAUCCUGCUUCUAUAGUCCCACUAUGACCAUGCAGAGGACCCAGGAGAGAGUGGGGGUUCUCAAUCCAGAUCUGAGGACUGCAGACAGGCUGCUGGUUCCACAAAACAGCCCAGGCAGACCAUACUCUUCUUAUGACCUGAAGCUGCAGGCAGACGUGGCUCUGAGGCCCCAGCCUGGCUUGUUCCACAGCGGGGCAAGUAGCCCUCUGGUUAGCAGCGCAAUGCCACACCGCGCCAUCCGUUCCUCCUCCAGCUAUACCAUUGGCCUCUCACCCAAUAUUGGCUUCCGACCGGGUGGACCAGAGCCCUUCCUGAGGCAAUCAGGCUGCCCCAACCCAGGCCUCUACCCCCGGCAGGACAGCCCGUUGCAGCCUCGGCCCUCACCCACUGGCUCACUGGCCACCAGCCCACCGGGCACAUGCUCACCCGCUUUCAGGCCGCCACAGCUGCCGUCGCCUCGUCCACCACCCGACCCACCCAAGGUGACUCAUGAGCAGUUUAAGGCUGCCCUGCAGAUGGUGGUGGACAAGGGUGACCCACGCUCAUACCUGGAGAACUUUGUGAAGAUCGGUGAGGGGUCCACGGGUGUAGUGUGCAUUGCACGUGAGAAGCACAGUGGCCGCCUGGUGGCUGUCAAGAUGAUGGAUCUGCGGAGGCAACAGCGACGAGAGCUACUCUUCAAUGAGGUAGUGAUCAUGCGGGACUACCAGCACAGGAAUGUGGUGGAGAUGUUUAAGAGUGCGCUGGUGGAGGAGGAGCUCUGGGUCAUUAUGGAGUAUCUACAGGGAGGGGCUCUCACUAACAUAGUGUCUGAAACCAGGCUGAGUGAGGAGCAAAUUGCCACAGUGUGUGAGGCUGUCUUGCAGGCCCUGGCUUACCUCCACUCACAAGGCGUCAUCCACCGUGACAUUAAGAGUGACUCCAUCCUGUUGUCCUUGGACGGAAGGAUCAAGCUGUCAGACUUUGGGUUUUGUGCUCAGAUCAGCAAAGAUAUUCCGAAGCGGAAGUCACUGGUGGGGACACCAUAUUGGAUGGCCCCUGAAGUUAUUUCAAAGUCACCAUAUGGCACUGAGGUAGAUGUGUGGUCUAUGGGCAUCAUGGUAGUGGAGAUGGUUGAUGGAGAGCCUCCUUACUUCAGUGAAACCCCAGUGGCUGCCAUGAAGAGACUGAGAGAUGAGCCAGCACCCACCGUUCGAAAUGUUCAGCAGGUGUCUCCAGUACUGAAGGACUUCCUGGACCGCAUGCUGACCAGGGACCCAGUAGAGAGAGCAAGUGCCACUGAUCUCCUUGAGCACCCUUUCCUCCUGCAGAGCAGCUCUCCGCAGUGCCUGGUGCCUCUAGUGGAGCAAUACCGCAAGCGCAUGUCUCAUUGCUGAGUCCCAUCCCCUCUUCCUCACCUCUGUGCUAUGCAUCCCUGUAGGCCACUCCUUUCCAGGGGCGCCCUUCUCCCGGAAUCCCCGGGCCUAAAUGCCCCACAACAGGGUGUCACGGAUGCAAAGUGGUGAGCAUAAUAGCCUGCUAUGCAGCUGCUGUGAACUUCAAAAGGCACAAGCUACAAGCACUUUUUCCCAGUAUGAGCAGGACGAAAACAACUGGGGCUGAAUGCUGACAUCCUUGGAGUCACAAGGAAUUGCAUCAUAGGUUGUUGAUAAAUUUUCUUCUUCAAGAGGAAUUCAUGCUGGGGAUGGAAGCUUCGAUAGCAGCCUGGACACUAUGAUAGUGUUAACAUUUUCAGCCGUGACAUUUAAAGUCACUCCUUUUAGUUAAAGCAAAUAACAUUACUUAUUAUUGCGAUUCAGAAUGGCGCAGGAUGGCCAGAUUAGGUUGGUACUUUACCAGUGUUCUUAGCACAGCGAGACUAUUGCACCUUGUCAAGGAUCUUGCAGACCUAUACAAUGUAGGCUGAUUUUAAAUUUGUGAAAGGACUUGACUGUCAUUUAAGUACUGUGGCUGCAACUGUUUUUAAUGAGCCAUUGGAACCAACUGAAUAUAUCCUAAUUAUUCAGCUAUUUAUUCUUGUUUGUUUGAACUUUUUUUUUCACCAGGUGGACUAACUCACCUACUUUUCUUAAAGUUGUUGUGAAUUGUUUGUAAAAUGUGGAAAUUGUAAAUACUGCAUCUCAGCUUGAAAGGAUUUUAAAUGCAUAACUGAGGAAAGAACAAUGUACAUACAAUCUCAUUAAAAGUUGGUACUGUAAUUGCAUUCCCAGUAUUUUAACUGAAUUAUGAGUGAAAUAAGGAACAUCCUAUGAAACAGGUAACAGGAGGAUUCAGUGUGUUUGUUUACAGUGUGCGUGAAUGUGUGUAUGAGAGUGAGAGAGAGAGAGAUAGUGAGAGAGAGAGAGUAUGUUUACACUUGGGACAUAAUGUUCAUGUUGGCAUUUCCAUAUCCAGCCUGUUGUACUGUGACUUAUUUUCUUAACGAUUCAUGUAUUUUUCAAUGGGUGUCUGAGUGUGUAUGUGUGCUGCUAAGGAACAUGAGACUGUGAUUGUCAUUAAGCUAGUGUAGGUAAAGCACACUGGUUAUGUAUGGUUUGAUUCAUGCUGAUUGGUCUCUCACCAGCUGAGUACAUUCUGUACAUUAUUUUUGAAUUCUUUCAGAAAUUCAAACAUGAUUCAUUGUGAUUGUAUUUGUAUGUUAGUUGUUCAUAACAUGGAAUUAAAUUUUAAUUUUGUAAAGUGAAUAAAGGAUGCAUAUUGAA